UGAAAACAGACAUCUUUGUCACUAGCUUUGGACCUGUGUCAGAUGUCGAGAUGGAGUACACCAUGGACAUGUUCUUCCGUCAGAUGUGGGUUGACGAGCGGCUAAAAUUUGAGGGCCCCACUGAAAUCCUGCGGCUGAACAACCGUAUGGUGGACAAGAUCUGGACGCCAGACACUUUCUUCCGAAACUCCAAGAAAUCCAUUUCUCAUAACAUGACCACGCCUAACAAACUCUUCCGCAUCAUGCAGAACGGGACUGUCCUCUACACCAUGAGACUAACAAUCAGUGCGGAGUGUCCAAUGAGGUUGAUGGACUUCCCGAUGGACGGCCACGCCUGUCCUCUCAGGUUUGGGAGCUAUGCCUACACAAGCAGUGAAAUCCUUUUCAGUUGGAGGAAAGGGCCAAUAGCUUCUGUUGAUUGUCCACCGGAGUCCAUGAGUCUUCUGCAGUAUGACCUGGUGGGACAGACUUUGUCCAGUGAGAUAUUCAAAGCAAACACAGGUCACUACUCUGUGCAGGUGGUCCAUUUCCACCUCCAGAGGAAGCUUGGCUACUACCUCAUACAGACUUACAUCCCUCUCAUAAUGGUUGUGGUGCUGUCACAAGUCUCUUUUUGGAUCAACAAAGAGUCUGUCCCUGCACGCACAGUUGCAGGCAUCACCACAGUGCUGACCAUGACCACCUUGAGCAUCAGCGCCCGUGAGUCACUUCCCAAAGUAGCCUACGCCACCGCCAUGGAUUGGUUCAUUGCUGUGUGUUUUGCCUUUGUGGCGUCGGCGCUUGUCGAGUUUGCAGCUGUAAACUACUUUGCCACCCUCCAGGCCAACCGCCUAAAGAAGCAGAAAGCUAGACAAGACAAGCUUGAGGUGUUGGCUACUGGCAGUGAUGAUGAGAACACAGCUUCGUCGGACUGCAGCCCUCAGGAAGGCCUGAAGAGGAGAAACCACUCAGUGUGUCGCAGUGAGCCAGGAGAUGCUCCGCCGCUGCCGAUUUUCCUCCAGCAGGGCUCAGCUUUUCCUCAGAUCCCGCAGCUGGCCGGCACCAGCCCCAUCGACAAGUACGCCCGCAUCCUCUUCCCUCUGGCCUUUGCCCUCUUCAACCUCAUCUACUGGUACAUCUACCUGGCCAAGGACUCCAUGGAGAAGGCCAGGGACGUGGUUCUUGAAAACUAAGAGGACCUGAAAAAGGGCACGUGCAGCCGGAGAGACCUUCAGCAUCCAGCCAGCCUCACCUCACCCUCCUCUGUGUGUGUGUGUGUGUGUGUG